AUGAGAGUUGCUUGUGCUUUUCGUCCAUUUCCAGCCAACUACAAACCAACAUGUGAUGCUACUUUACCUGGUACACCCACUCCGAAUUAUCCUUUACGUACAUCAUCAUCAAUUCCAUUUACUCAUACACAACAACGACAAUCAACUAUAAUACAUGUUAAUGGUAUUCCAUAUAUAGUUAUUCGUUUAAUCGGUGAAGGACUUCAUAGUCGAGUUUAUGCAGCAUAUGAUCCUCGAAUAAAUCAAUCCGUAGCAAUAAAAGUAGUUCAAAAUAUUGAUCCAAUUGAUAGGCAUGAACAUUCAAAAAUGUUUUUCAAAGAAAUACGUUAUUUAACAAAAUUACAAUCACGUAAUCCAUAUGUUAUUCGAGUUUAUAAUCAUGAAUAUGAUAGUAAAACACAAACGGGUAAAAUUGUUAUGGAAACUGGCCAUGAUUUUCGUUUUAUGUUACCAUUACAAGCAUCACCAAAAGAAAAAAAAAUGACAAUACCACAAGCAAAAUUUUAUUGGUCUCAAAUGGUUGAAGCUGUUGCAAUACUACAUCGAAAUGGAAUUGUUCAUUCAGAUAUUAAACCAGAAAAUUUUAUUUUGACACCUGGUGGACAACUUCGUAUUAUUGAUUUAGGUCUUUCUUUUCGUAUGUCAAAAACAGAAACAUCAGUAUUAAGACCAUUUGCAGGUACACCUGAAUAUAUGCCACCAGAAGUAUGUCAAAUUCAAAAUGGUCAUUAUUCUCGUCAAGGUCGAGCAUCAGAUAUUUGGGCAUUAGGUGUUCUUCUUUUCGAAAUGGUCUUUGGCUAUCGACCAUUUGAACAUGUUAAGGAUAAUUUUGACAAAAUGUCUCAUAUUUCCCGAUUAAUCGAAAAUCCAGUCAUUCCACCAACAAAUAAUCCACAUCUACGUGAUAUUCUUCAACAAUGUUUACAAAUAAAUCUAGAUCGACGUCCUAGUGCUCAACAAAUUUUACAACAUUCUUUUUUUAAUUUUGAAACUAAUUUAUAA